AUGGCAGAGCGCAGGGUGAACCGGGACCGGGCAGAGGACGACUUGCUGCCGGUUUACCUGGCACGGCCCGGCACGGCCGACCAGGUCCCCAGGCAGAAAUACGGCGGCUUGUUCAGCAACGUCGAGGGAGCGUUCGAGAGUAAAACCAUCGACUUUGACGCGCUGAGCGUCGGACAGAGGAGCUCCCGGAGCCCGAGGACCGGCAGAGAGGAGGCGAGAAGCCCGGCGAGGGACGACAGGAGCUGGACCGGGUCGGAGAGAGGAGGAGGAGGGAAAGAGUCCGCCCGGGUCCGGAUAAGAAGCAGCAGCGGUAAAGAAGUGCUGCAGAACCUGGAGGACGAGAAGAGCGACAGGCUUCUGAUCAAGGGCGGGAGGAUCGUGAACGAUGACCAGUCCUUCCAUGCCGACAUCUACAUGGAGGAUGGCGUCAUUAAGCAGAUCGGAGACAACCUGAUUGUGCCCGGUGGUGUGAAGACCGUGGAGGCCCAGGGCAAGAUGGUGAUCCCGGGCGGCAUCGACAUCCACACCCACUUCCAGAUGCCGUACCGCGGAACCACCACCGUGGACGACUUCGCUCAGGGGUCGAAGGCCGCUCUGGCCGGGGGCACGACCAUGAUCGUGGACCACGUGAUCCCCGAGCCCGGCAGCAGCCUGAUGGAGGCCUACGACCAGUGGAGGCAGUGGGCCGACGAGAAGUCCUGCUGCGACUACUCCCUUCAUGUGGACGUCACCCACUGGAACGACAGCGUGAAGCAGGAGGUAGACACCCUCAUCAAGGAGAAAGGUGUGAACUCGUUCCAGGUCUACAUGGCUUACAAGGACUACUACCAGAUGACCAACAGCGAGCUCUACGAGGUCUUCACCUUCUUGGCGGAGCGGGGCGGGCGUCGCUCAGGUCCACGCGGAAAUGGCGAGAUCAUUGCUGAGGAGCAGUCCCGCAUGCUGCAGAUGGGUAUCACUGGACCAGAGGGACACGUGCUGAGCAGGCCGGAAGAGCUGGAAGCGGAGGCGGUGUUUCGCGCCAUCACCAUCGCCAGCCAGACCAACUGCCCUCUGUACGUGACCCGGGUCAUGAGCAAGAGCGCCGCUGACAUCAUCUCACAGGCCCGCAAAAAAGGAAAUGUUGUGUUUGGGGAGCCAAUCACAGCCAGCCUGGGGACUGACGGGACGCAUUACUGGAGCAAGAACUGGGCCAAGGCAGCUUCUUUUGUAACAUCCCCCCCCCUCAGCCCUGAUCCCACCACUCCCGACUAUCUGAACACACUGCUGUCCAGCGGCGACCUGAGUGUGACUGGCAGCGCUCACUGUACGUUCAGCGUGGCCCAGAAGGCCAUCGGCAAGGAUGACUUCACUCAGAUCCCAGAGGGUGUCAACGGAGUGGAGGAGCGAAUGUCCCUCAUCUGGGACAAAGCUGUGACUUCGGGUAAGAUGGACGAGAACAUGUUUGUGGCAGUGACCAGCACCAACGCAGCUAAGAUCCUCAACCUGUACCCCCGGAAGGGCCGGAUCGCCGUGGGCUCUGACGCCGACCUGGUCAUCUGGGACACGGACUCCAUCAGCACCAUCACUGCCAAGACACACAACUCGACUGCUGAGUACAAUAUCUUUGAGGGCAUGGAGCUGCGUGGAGCCCCACUUGUGGUGAUCUGCCAGGGCAAGAUUGUGAUGGAGGACGGGAACCUGCACGCCACCGCUGGCGUCGGCCGCUUCAUCCCCUGCACUGCCUUCCCUGACUUCGCCUACAAGCGAAUUAAAGCCAGGAAGCAGCUGGCGGUCCUGCGGGCGGUGCCCAGGGGAAUGUACGAUGGCCCGGUGUCCGAGUUCUCCAUGUCCCGUGGAGGAACCCCCAUCGCCUCGGCGCGCACCUCUCCCACCAAACAGCCCGUCAGAAACCUGCACCACCAAUCUGGAUUUAGUCUAGCAGGUAACCCUGCACUCUGUGGUCCCACCAUCCCAGACGACCUCCCCAUCAGGCCUGCAGGCCGCCGUAUUGUAGUGCCCCCCGGUGGUCGUUCCAACAUCACAUCUCUCAGCUAA